AUGAAGGUAGGUUCAUUGGUAUGGGGGUUAGCGAGAUAUUUAGAGAAUCAUAUCUUUGCAGAAAUUUCACUAUCACCGGCUCCAAGUAAUAGCAAAGAAGUACAGCAUUUAUUAGAAAAUUUCCGAAGAUUAGGCAAUCUUGAGUUCUUUAAAGUGGCUAGAAACAGAUCAGGUUUAUCAACAUAUGGGUCCAAGAUAUGGCUCAUUUACAAUCCCCUGGAGAAUUCCACCCUCUUGAAGCCACGAUUGAUAUCACAUAACAACCAAUUACCUUCAAGCUUUCCACAUGUUGAUCGGCUACGAGAAAAGCAAAGUGAGAUAUCGAAACGAUUGUCAGGAUUAAUAGCUUUACCAAGAUAUUCUUAUAUCGAAGAAGAUAGAGAAUAUCUCCAUGGAGAUACAGAAAUUCCGUUUAAUCAUCGAUUGACUCGAGAAGGGUUGAAAUAUGACCACAGAUAUUCAAUAUUAGCAUCAAGAGCUACACAUCAAUUCUUAGAAUUGGAAAUCGAAGCCGAAGAACAAAUAGACCCAAAUGAUCUUCGAAAGAAUUUAAGACACAAUUUUCAGAAAUUCCAUAAAUUUGAUUCGGUGAGUAUAACUACGAGUCCAGAAACCUUAGGUCAAUGGAUGAGAGAUAAAGACUAUAGACCAAUUGCAAAUAAGGUACCGAUAACUAAAUUUAAAGGAUUCUACGAUUAA